CCCCCAGUCUUCUUCAGAGAUAGACAGUCUGAUUAACUAGGUUGGGACCAAUAUGAAUGCUGUGUGGCUGAUGAAGUUGCCGUUUCAUGACACACCACCAGAGAACAGGGUAGAUGGGAUUCUGAAACACAUAUUAGCACUGCAGUAAUGAAAAUGAGGUGUGGGCAUCUAUAUGUAGUACAGUUGGAGUACAUGUGAUAUACUCGAUAGACUUGAAUCAAAGACUCGAUGGACUAAUCUCAAAUUUCAUAUUUCAUCUCACCUGUGGUGUAGCUUCUGGUACUCUCAUAUAGAGAGUUGAUAAAACUCUCUAUCAGAUCUCUGCCGACAUCAGGUAUCGUAUGAUGCUAACCUUGCCGUUAUUUUUAGUAACCAACAGGUCUAGGACCAGAAACCUUCCUUUCUCAGCCCUUUCCUAAGAACUCGUAGUCAGCAAAGAUGGACAGCUGUAACGGAUGUUUUAGAGCGUUUGCCAAAGGACAUCAUCUCCAACAGUACAGCAUAGAUCGAUUGGUCGAUCCAGUCGGACGUUUUCUCUUUUUUUUCUCGCUUCUUGGAGUAUCCUUAUUCCCUAUCCGGGUCGACGUCCGUACUCUGCCCGCCAGCGAGUCCUUUCAGCUGGCCAUUCAGCUGUUCCUUCAGGGGGUUCGAGUUCAAUGGGACCGAAAAAUGGGCAUUCGUGUCUCACUGUCGGUUAGAGUUCGGUCAAGUCGAAUUUAGUGGCACAAAGGGAUGGUUUCACUUAGUUGCCUAGGUAAAAGGUCAGGUAGCUAGUUAAUCAGAUUGGACCUUCAACAUUGCCUAGGUAACUGACUGCCUAACACCACGACAGUAUCCGUACUCCGUACUGGGUACGUACCACGGAGUAGAUUCCUG